AUGGAUUCUUUUGCCAUUACAGAGGGCUUGGUUUCCCAAGACCAAUCUGAUAUGCCAUCCAGCAAAUUGACCGAGGAGACCAACAAGUUUCAACGCGCCAUCGCAGCCUGGAGAGGUAUUGACUUGGCCAACACAAUCGCGAAACUCGAUACAACAGCUACCGACAUCGUCGAGCAGCAGCGUGAUGCACUCGUGCAGAGAAAGGACCUCGCCCAGAAAACAAAGGACUAUAAGAAGCUUGAUGAUGAGGCAAAGCUCUCCGAGUAUAAGGGUCUACUGAAGGCGUAUCAAUCCUUCAUCGAUCUCUUGACCAACCAAGGCAAAACGUCGUCAUCAUCGUUCUUGCAGCUGUACUCGUCACUGUCGGAGGCUCCAGACCCCUACCCACUUCUCGAGGCUUCUGUUGACUCCCUCGUUCUAUCCGAAGAUACGGUCCCGAAGCUUACAUCAGAACGGGAUCAAUUGCAAAAGUCGGUGGAUCGUCUCACCAAGCAGCAAGAUGAGACCGAGAAGCGCCUACAGGAGGAACGCGCUGCCCGGAAGAAAUUGGAAGAGCACCAAGAAUCGCGAGCCAAGGAAAUCGAGGCAUCAUGGGAAGCUGUUUUGACUGAAAAGACGAAUAACUGGGCUGCCAAAGAGAAGAGCUUGGAAGAGAAGGUGGAGAAUCAGGAACGCUUAAUCAAGGAGCUCAAGGCAAGCUAUGAAGUCUCCCAGCGGCUAGGUGAGGGCGAAAGCGAUGAUAAUGAUGGCUCCCGAAGUGGUGCUACCGCAGCCGAGCUUGAGCUUGUUUCUGCCGACUUGGAGAAGACAAGCUUAAGACUAGCAGAUGUAGAGGCCCGCAAUGAACAAAUGCGUAUCGAGCUGGCCCAGGCCGCCUCCCAUUCUCAUUCUGCUGCAGUUUCUGUCGAGGAUGACCCUGAAUAUCUUCGCCUCCAGUCGGAGAAUUCCUCUUUGUUGCGGAAAUUGGAUGCUGCGCGCUUCGAUAAAGACUCCGAACGACACGCUUGGGAGGCUAAGCUGCUUCAAUCGGAGAGAAAUGCAUCAAAGGCAACGGUAGAGAAAGAGGAGCUGCGCUCACGCUUAGCCAAGGUUGCUGAUUAUGAUGAGAUCCGCCGAGAGCUGGAGAUGAUCCGAUCCGUUGAAUUCGCAACAGGAGACGAUGAUGAUGCAGGAGACGAUGGUGAUGCUGGAGAUGGAGCUGAAGGCACGGCGACUGAGACUAACGGUGAUACAGCUAAAGCAAAGGACAAGAACUCUCUAGAGCAACUCCUCAUGGCCCGGAACAAGAAGUUGACAGAUGAUCUCACUCUUCUGCGGGUGUCCCAUCGUGAUAUCCAAGGUCAGCUUGAAACCUUGCGGAGCGAACUUUCCACUUCAAAGGGAGAGCUCGAGAAGUCUCGAACCCUAUCAAGCACUCUUGAGAACGAUCUUCUUCGCGUUCAAGAGGAGGCUGCAAACUCGUUCCCCUCCGGAGCAAUGUCUGUUGCAGGAACAUACACCUCCAGACACCCUCACUCUGCCCGCCGCGGUGCAUCAUCACCCACCUCAUCUAUUAUCUCCGGUUUUGACCAGGGAGCCGCAUCGGCAAAUACCAUGGAUGCAAUUCGCGCAGGAGAAGCCGUCGGUGGCGGCUCAGGACUUCUACCAAUGAUCCAAGCUCAACGAGACCGCUUCAAGAAGAAGAAUGCCGAACUUGAAGAGGAGCUGUCAAAGCUGUACGCUACCGUCAAGUCUCUCCGGCAAGAAAUAGCAUCUCUCCAGAAGGACAAUCUGGGUCUCUAUGAGAAGACAAGAUACGUCUCAACCUACAGCCGAGGCCAGGGCGCAUCCACAUCGGCAUCAUCAUAUGCAAACACUCCCAGCUCCACCUCAGUGUACACAUCCACCGAUACACCAUCAGGGCUUUCUCUCGACCGCUACCAAAAUGCCUACGAAGCCCGGAUCUCACCCUUCGCGGCCUUCCGAGGUCGAGAAUCGACCCGUGCAUACAAACGCAUGAGCCUACCAGAGCGAAUCGUAUUCUCUCUCACGCGUGUCAUCCUCGCAAACCGAACAAGUCGCAACCUAUUCGCUGGCUACUGCUUUGCACUCCACAUCCUCCUCUUUGUGGUCCUCUACAUGAUGAGUACGACGGAGAUUGAAAAGCAUAGCGCUAUGAGCGCCGUCGGUAGUGCGGCCGCUGCUGCUUACGGGGGAGACGGGGUUGUUGGCGCAAGUGGUAGUGGCACAGGGAGUGGCACGGGGCAGCUGCACGGCGAUGACUGGCAGCAAGAAGGAUUCAACUAA